CGCACCGUGGAGCUGCCGGACGAUAAUGAAACUGCUGUUUAUACACUAAUGCCAAUGGUGAUGGCUGACCAGCACAGGUCUGUCUCAGAGCUGCUAUCAAAUUCAAAAUUUGAUGUGAAUUAUGCGUUUGGACGUGUGAAGAGAAGUUUGCUUCAUAUUGCAGCAAACUGUGGAUCAGUUGAAUGCCUUGUUCUAUUAUUAAAAAAAGGAGCAAAUCCAAACUAUCAGGACAUUUCAGGAUGCACACCUCUCCAUUUAGCAGCAAGGAAUGGCCAGAAAAAAUGCAUGAGCAAGCUGCUGGAAUACAGUGCAGAUGUCAACAUUUGUAAUAACGAAGGUUUGACUGCAAUUCAUUGGUUGGCUGUCAAUGGGCGGACAGAAUUGCUUCAUGAUCUUGUGCAGCAUGUCAGUAAUGUAGAUGUUGAAGAUGCAAUGGGACAGACAGCCCUUCAUGUAGCUUGUCAAAAUGGGCACAAGACAACAGUACAGUGUUUGCUGGACAGUGGUGCGGAUAUAAAUAGGCCCAAUGUGUCAGGAGCAACUCCACUCUAUUUUGCUUGCAGCCAUGGUCAGAGAGACACUGCACAGAUUCUUUUGAUGAGAGGAGCCAAAUAUUUACCAGACAAAAAUGGCAUUACUCCACUGGAUCUCUGUGUACAGGGUGGAUAUGGAGAGACUUGUGAAGUCUUAAUACAGUACCAUCCUCGACUUUUCCAGACAAUAAUUCAAAUGACUCAGAAUGAAGAUCUACGGGAAAACAUGUUGCGGCAAGUUCUGGAACAUUUGUCUCAGCAGAGUGAAAGCCAGUAUCUUAAAAUCCUGACAAGUCUUGCUGAAGUUGCUACGACUAAUGGUCACAAACUUCUUAGCUUGUCAAGUAAUUAUGAAGCUCAAAUGAAGAGUCUCUUAAGGAUUGUGAGGAUAUUUUGCCAUGUCUUUCGCAUUGGCCCAUCCUCUCCCAGUAAUGGAAAUGACAUGGGCUACAAUGGAAAUAAAACUCCAAGAAGUCAGGUGUUCAAGGUCAGAAAAGUAUAUGAUGUUGUUAGGAAGAUAGACGUUAAAGAGAUGAAUUUCACAAAGCAUGCAUUCAUUAAUCAGACAUCUCAUGAACAGGAACCACUGGAACUACUCUGGCACUCAUUAGACGAAUGGCUAGUUCUUAUAGCCACAGAGCUGAUGAAAAACAAAAGGGACUCUGCCAACAUUACUUCUAUUUUGCUGAAGCAAAAAGGACCAGAUCACCAGGAUGCUACUCCUACGCCUUCCUUUGCUGCUGCAGGAACAGAGAGCAGAAAAGAACUAUCCACUGACACAGGGAACUCAAAAACAUAUGAAGUUGCAGGGAAGCAGGAAGCUUGUGCUGAUGGCCAGGAUGUUAUCUCCAUGACAGCAAACAGGCUAAGUGCUGUCAUUCAAGCAUUUUAUAUGUGCUGCUCCUGUCAGAUGCCUCAGGGGAUGACGUCACCUCGUUUUAUAGAAUUUGUUUGUAAACACGAUGAUGUCCUUAAGUGUUUUGUUAACCGGAAUCCCAAAAUCAUUUUUGAUCACUUUCAUUUUCUUCUUGAGUGUCCUGAACUAAUGUCCAGAUUUAUGCACAUCAUAAAGGCUCAGCCGUUUAAAGAUCGUUGUGAAUGGUUCUAUGAACACCUGCAUUCAGGGCAACCAGAUUCAGACAUGGUGCACAGACCUGUCAAUGAAAAUGACAUCCUUCUGGUUCACAGAGAUUCUAUUUUUAGGAGUAGCUGUGAAGUUGUCUCUAAAGCAAAUUGUGCAAAACUAAAGCAAGGGAUUGCUGUGCGAUUUCAUGGAGAAGAAGGCAUGGGACAGGGUGUGGUGCGUGAGUGGUUUGAUAUCUUAUCCAGUGAAAUAGUUAACCCAGAUUAUGCCUUAUUUACCCAGUCAGCUGAUGGAACAACCUUCCAGCCAAACAGCAACUCUUCUGUAAACCCAGAUCAUUUGAACUACUUCCGUUUUGCAGGCCAGAUCCUGGGAUUAGCUCUCAAUCACAGGCAGCUGGUGAACAUUUACUUCACAAGAUCAUUCUACAAGCAUAUUCUUGGUAUACCUGUAAAUUAUCAAGAUGUAGCAUCUAUUGAUCCAGAAUAUGCAAAGAACUUGCAGUGGAUUUUAGAUAAUGAUAUCAGUGAUCUAGGUUUAGAGCUGACUUUUUCUGUUGAGACUGACGUAUUUGGAGCAAUGGAAGAAGUGCCAUUAAAGCCUGGGGGUGCAAGUAUACUUGUUACACAGGAAAACAAGGCUGAGUAUGUCCAGCUUGUCACUGAACUUAGAAUGACAAGAGCCAUUCAACCUCAGAUAAAUGCCUUUUUACAAGGCUUCCAUAUGUUCAUUCCACCAUCUUUGAUUCAGCUUUUUGAUGAAUAUGAACUGGAGCUUUUGUUGUCUGGUAUGCCGGAAAUUGAUGUGAAUGAUUGGUUAAAAAAUACAGAAUAUACCAGUGGCUAUGAGAGAGGAGACCAAGUAAUCCAGUGGUUCUGGGAUGUUGUGGAAGAACUAACUCAGGAAGAGAGAGUACUACUAUUACAGUUUGUUACUGGCAGUUCCAGAGUGCCUCAUGGUGGCUUUGCCCAUAUAAUGGGUGGGAGUGGAUUGCAAAAUUUUACAAUUGCUGCUGUGCCAUAUACUGCGAAUCUUUUACCAACAUCUAGCACAUGUAUCAACAUGCUCAAGUUACCUGAAUACCCAAGUAAAGAAAUCCUGAAGGACAGGCUGCUUGUGGCAUUGCACUGUGGAAGCUAUGGUUACACAAUGGCAUAAUGAAGUCCAGAAAACUCAUCUGACUACUGAUGUGAAAUUCAGACUGGCAGAAGUCGUUUUUUUGGAAGCUGAUAGUGGAAUAGCAACUUAGAUGCUGCAGUAAGGCUGAGUUUCAGAAUUCAUACAGGACCAUCAGGUUUCUUUCUCCAUUAGAUGUUGUCAAAGGAACUUUGAAAUUGUCACAUAACUUACUUUUCUCAGAACGAUGCAUUUUCAUUUUUUCAAAUGACAGGUCUGUAUGGAAAUUGGUUUACAUGCUUUUCAUUAUCACUUCAGCCCGAAUUGGGAAGUUAGAAUCUCUUUCUACUGUCUAUUUUUGAUUUUCAACUGGAUGGUUGAAUGGCAUUUGUUUAUUUUGCAUUCAGCUAGCAUACUGGUAAUGGACAGGCUUGUACUUUAUGCCUUGUUGCAUGUGAAAGUGCCGUUUAUUUUUUUCAGAGAACACCAGGGAAAGUUCAAUUUGGAUACUGUACAGAAAGACAGAUCUGAUGUAUUUUCCAUUUCUUUGCAUAGUAACAGAAAUAAAAUUUUAUAACUUUUUAGUAUUUUAAUGUAUAUAGUAUGUAAAGAUUAGACUUAUCACUGGAAAAAUAUCAGAUGAAAUUAAUAGCUAAUUUGUAUUAGAAUUUACACUAUAUUCUACUGAAUAUUUAAAGUAUUUGUGACUUUAUAGUUAACUUACAGUUUAGAAUUUGUAAAUAUUAUUUAAGUUCUAUAUUCAUUUGUUUGAAUGCCUUUGCUCUUUCCUUGACAUAAUUGUAUGUUUAAAA